AUGCAAAGAACAUCAUCGAAUCUUUCAAUAUUAAAUGUUUGGUUUAAUUUAGAAAAGGCUUUGAUUGAUGCAUAAGUAUUUGAAAAUGAACAGGUUUAAAUAAUUUCAAGGCCACCUACAUCAAAGAUGAUGAGAGAUUAUUCAAAUUAUCACUCAGUAUGAGAAUGGUUUGAACUUUAGCAACAAAGAACUUAAUCUUUAAGACCUUUGACUGGAUUGAAAAGACCUUCAACUGCAAUUACAAUGAAGAAACAUAUUGAAUAUUAAGAUAAAACAGCAACAAUUUAAUAAUCUUAAAGAAAGAUUUUUAGAAAAAAAGUAUAUCAAAAGACCUUAUAAAAAAUAUGGUUUUGAUAAUAUUCAUAAUUAAAAGUAAUAUUGAGACAUAUUAUAGGGAGGAAUAAGAAGCUGAGAUCUCAGAAGAAGAAUUAAAUUAAUCAACAGUUAUACAUAAUGUAGAUGUGGAUUAAAUAAUAGAUUUAUAUCAUAGUAAAUGAAGAGAAAGAGAACUUGAAUAUUAACCUAAAAAUGCUGUUUUAUUUAUAGAAAAAUUUAAGAAAUUGUGCAUAGANGCUAGAGUAUUCUAACCAGGUAUACAAUAUUAAUGGACAAAAGCAGGGACGGUAAGUAAUAAAUAUUAAAUAUAAGGCUUAUUAUGUAGCACCUGAAGUAUUAUAAGGUAUAUAUGAUAAUAGAUGUGAUAUAUGGUCGAUAGGAGUUAUAUUGUAUGUUUUAUUGUGUGGAUAUCCUCCUUUUUAUGGAGAAAAUGAACAUGAAAUUUUAUUAUCUAUAUAGAAAGGUAAAUUUGAUUUUGAUGGGCCUGAGUGGAAGAAUGUAUCAAUGGAAGUUAAACAAUUAAUUUGUUAAAUAUUAUAGCCAAAAAUAUAAAGGAUAGAUUUAAAAACCAUAUUAAAACAUCUUUGGGUAUAAAAAUAUGUUUAGAAAGGAGAAAUAUUACUAACCAAAUAUCAUGUAGAUAGAUGGAAGCAAUAUCAUAUAUUAAAAUAAAUAGGAUUAUUGUACUUAUCAACUCAAUUAGAUUAAAGUGAAAUUUUGGAAAUUAAGAAUGGUUUUCUCUUUAUGAAUAGAUCUUAAUCUGGUAUAUUGAGUAAAGAAGAGAUAAACUUUUUGGACGAUGAAUUUUAAACUUUGGAAUAUUAUCGUAAUUAUUUGAAUUUAAUUUAGAAUUUAUAUCACUUUGUUUGGAACCAAUUAUUUAUAAAAAUGAAAAAUACUAGAAAUUAAUGUUUGUACAUUUAUCAAUAGAUGGUCGAAUAACAACAAAUAGUUUGAGAAGUAUUCAAAUAUAUUUAGAAUGUGAAAUGGAUUAUUAACAAUUUAUUAAUUUAUUUUGA